UUAUAUUGUAGAUAGUGUAUGGGCAAAUCAUUGACGUGUCGGCAAGUGCUUGAAUACACGCAACGGCACAAAGUAUCCAAUACAAAAACACUGAAAAUACCAACAGCAUUGGUUUUCACCAUACAAAAUUUUGACCAAAAUAAGAAAAAAUAAAUAAAAUAAAAUAGGAAACACGUCAACAAACAUAGCAUUUAAGGUGAAACCGAAAUUCGAAUCAUCAUGCAUACAGUGUUAUCCCGAGGAAAUGCAAUAUUUGCAUAUUCGCUAAGCGUAUUGGCCUGCUUAACAUUCUGUUGCUUCUUAUCCACCGUAUUUCUCGACUACAAUACAACAGUAGAUAUCAACACAGUCAAAGUACUGGUGAAAAAUGUACCUGAUUACAGUGCGUCGCGCGAGAAAAAAGAUUUGGGCUUUCUAACAUUUGAUCUGAAAGCUGAUCUCACCACCCUAUUCAAUUGGAAUGUGAAAGAAUUAUUUUUAUAUCUAACCGCUGAAUACAAAACAAAAGAAAAUGAACUCAAUCAAGUGGUGUUAUGGGAUAAAAUCUUGUUACGUGGCGAAAAUGCGUUACUCGAUUAUAAAAAUUUAAACACAAAAUACUACUUCUGGGAUGAUGGCAAUGGUUUGAAGGGAAACAAAAAUGUGACGCUUACAUUGUCAUGGAAUAUUGUACCAAAUGCCGGUCUAUUGCCAAGCAUUUUCGGAUCUGGAUCACAUGCAUUUAAAUUUCCCGACACCUACCAAUCGGCCCCAUUAUAAAUCGAUCGACUGAUUUUUAAAAAAAAGUUGUUAAACUUUCAUUUUAAUUAAGUUUUGUUCGAAAAAAAAAACACAAACCUUCACAUUUUUUUCUCAAUAUAUUACAUACCAGAAUUGUCGAGCUGAAUAAGAGAUAGGAGAUGACAUAAUGAUACCAACACAUUCUAUUCAAUCACAUCUCAGUCGAUUUCAACUAUAGUUAAAUGUAAUCAAUUUAAAUUGUAACAUUGAUAGAACUAAUGUAUUUAAUUUAAUUUUUGUUUUGUUCAACUGAAAACAAACAAAUGAUGAGUGCAAAUAAAAAAAUACGAUUGAGUAAUAAAUUGUCUUGAAUAAUUGUUUGGAAAUUAAUAGAAAAAAUGUGGAUUUGCCUAAUAAAAUGUCAAAAUAAAAAAAAUAAACAUUUAAAAUUCAUUGAAUUAAAGAUAACAUAUUUCGAUUCAUAUCAGGACGACCGAUCCAUUAAA